UAAUAGAUUUUUAGAAUGACAUUGUUACAAUUUUCUAUACUAUUAGUUUUGUAUCUGAGCACAUAUGGAAUAAAAAUUUCAGUUACCAAAAGAUAAUCACGUAAAGAUGGAUAAUUUAAUUAAUUUUGGGGCCAUUAACAUCUAUUGAAAAUCAGGGUUUGUUUUUAUUGCUUGUCUUUUUAGUAAAGGCAUAUUUUUCUUUUUAGUGGUAUACGAAAAUGGACACUCCAAAUUCAUUGGAAUUAGAUUUCACUGAACAUUGGGGUAACAAUAUUCACGAAGAAGUUUUAAGGGGCAAAGAAGUUAGAAGUGAAAAGGUUAAAAAUAACAGCACAAAUUCAAUUUAUGAUUAUGGUUUCGCAAACCUAGACUUCGAUAAGCCAUCGUGUUCGAAAUAUCGAAAAACAAAUAUUCCAAGAAAGGGCACAUCAGAAGACGAAUUGUACUUUCUACACGUGAGAAAGAAAAGAAAUAAAAAGGGAAGAAAAAUUAAACCUUCCAAAGGUACAAGAAAAUGCCAAAUGCGGAUCGCUGAACUCGCCGUACCUUCCAAACGAUACUGCAUUGAAACGUGGAGGAGCAAGUGGGACACUCUUCCUAUACAUAUGGUGGAUAGACUGAGACAAAUUGUAUUGGAUCAGAAACCGAUCGUUCCCAUAGACGAUGCGAUCAGAUGUUUCAAACAAUACAAAAGAAUAAACACAAGGCCUCCUUGUAAACGAAACGUACCAGAAAAUAAGGAAAUGGAAAGAAUAAAAUUAUUAUGUGCUAUGUUUGGUUACCAAAUAAUAGCAAGACUAUUACCUCCGCGCAAUUUGACUUUGAGCUCACGCUUAACGCCAAUAUCAUACAUUAUAAAUGAUGAAGUAUCAUUUCUCUGCCAAAAAAAUAAAUUGUCUAAACUACAAGAUGUUGUUAUUCAGAAGGAAAUUGUAAACAAGAUAACAAAUUGGAUAGCUGAUGUGAUAGAGCAGUCGGAUUAUAAUUUAAUGAUGGAAGACUACAGAGAGUUAGAAAAAGAAGAAGGGCACAUAUGGGAUAUAAUUGAUGAAAUUGUUAACAACGCUAUAUUACUUUGCAAAGAACCAAGCGUUAGCAGUUCGAGUGUGGGUGCAAAAUCUUCUGAUUCAUGUAUUUAUUAUAGUAACGAGGACGACGGAACCCCUUCAGAAAGACAUUCAGGUGACGAAAAUGUAGAUGAAUCUGGAAAUAUAAUAUCCGAUAUCAUAGAAAAUAUUAUAAAUGUUCAUGAUUACAAACCACGGGAUGAAAUUGAAGCAUUACAUAUAUCUAUGGACGAUAAUUUAGACGACACAGGAGAUGCUGAUAGAAAAAUAUCAUCCGGAAGUUUGGAAAGAGAUAUUAAAGAUUUCCUAUUGAAAUACAUUGAAAAUGAUCAGUCGGAAUUGGUCAAAUCUGGUCAUCUGGAGUCGACUGAUCCAUCCGUCAUAGAUAAUAGGAUGGAUAAUAUCGUAGCAAACGAUUUUAAUGAAACUGAUCAAGAAAACGUUCGAAUAAUUGAAAAAAAUACAAAUGAUGAUAUAAAAGAAACUGGGACUGAUCUGACAGAACUUACUUCCGAUGACAAAGGGCCAACAAAUAAUGCAUUUAAUGAUGUUCAGAAAAAUGAAAGUGACCACAAUAAUAGUAUUGAAAAUAGUCAAGAAGGUAGGAACGCAAUGAAACAUAACUUUGAUGUUGAAAACGACAAUAAAGUAAUAAAUGUUCCAUCUAAACAAGGACAAGCAAACGGAAUGAAUGUGAUACUAUCACAAGAUAAAUUGGACGCUAUAAAAAUUGACAAUAAAGAUUCAGGCGUAGCAAAUAACCUAACCACAAUAGAAAAUAAUCUUGUUAAUACUAAGGACUCCGAAGGAAAAUCGCCAUUUAAAAAUGCUACUUCUGAAGACAGUCUUAAAAAAGUAAAAUUUUCUAAUAUAAAUAUCGAUUCAGGACAUAGACAACUAAAUGAUUCUGGCUUCAAUGGUCAAAACGAAAACAACAUACAAAAAAAAAUUAAUGUACAUUUGGCACCCCCUAAUAAUAACUUGCUUAGUGAUGUGGAUGAACCGUGGCCGGAAAAUUUAAUUUUCCCACUUGUUAAAGCUACAGUAUCCGUCAGUAAAUCUAUAUUAUCGUUAGGUAAGAUCAUGGAAGUCGAAGAAAAAAUUAACGAUUCUCGCAUUAAUUCAAAUAUGGAAGAUGAUACUGAAGUAGAAGAAAAUUCUGAUGAGACAAAAAACGUCAUAACCCUUAGAAGUUUAAACAAAGUCGCCGACAAAUUAAAUAAAGAAAACGUGACGAGCACUGACAAAGAAAUUCAAUGUGAAUUAAACAGAGAGAACAGAAAUGUAGGAACUGAUAUUGACAGAAUACGUAGAAUUAGAUGUGACAUGUUAUCAGAGACACGUCUGUCUGGUAUUGAAAUCCGUCCAGAAAUAAUUAUACACCAAAAGCCCAGUCGUGAUGUUGCAAAAAAAGAUAAAACUACUGAAAUAAAAUCGAGUGGGACUAAAUACUCAAUUCCAACAAAUAACCCCUUUAUAGAUUACCAGUCAAGGGAAAACGGUAUACGAAUUUGGUGCAAAGGAUUAUACAAUGUCACGGAAAAUUUGGAUAUGUGGUUGGACUGGCUAAAUAAUUCCUGCAGUCACAUUUUGUAUUUACAUCAAAAAGCCAAAAUUACACCGUAUGAACAAAACAAACAAAGCUAUAAUCAACAAUGGAUUAACUUAAGAGUUAAUAUUGACUCCGACGCGAGAUUAUGGAACAAGUUACAUACCAGUCUUAAAAUUGGAUUAAAGAGUUAUAAACAAUAUUACAAAAGACCUGAGAUUCAGCUGACCAGAUCCUACAGGAGCCAUCAGCCCCAGCGGAAAGAACAACAAUACCAGACGGAAAGAAUCUGCACUUGUACACCGGCCCUCCGUGUCCCUUUAGAUCCAAGAGCUGUUCAUCUAUAAAUAAAAUUCCCUUUAACAAAAUUGUCAAUAAAAUAUAAUCUUUGUAGCAUUAAAUUGUGUUCAUAUCUUUCUUGUUAAAUUUCAUAACUAUAAUGUAAUGUGUGAAAAAAAAUUUAUGAUACAUUUUUAUUCACACAUUACAUUUGUUUCUUCAAUUUUAAGUAAAUUUAACCUCAAUAUUUUGUACACAGAUUAUAAUUAACACUAUAUAGUAAUGAUAAAAUAUUGGUUGAUUAAGAAUAAUUGCUUCAUUGUUAACAUUAAUUUAAUCUCUUACUUGUUCUGCUAUCCCACACAAGUAGUUUGUCUUGUUCACAUGAAGACACUACCAGAGCACUAUCAGCUGUUGACACUGAUAGUAUGGAUUUCUUGUGCACAUCAUGGGCUUUUGUACAUGCAACAAAAGCUACUUUCAAACCUGAGUCAUUGUGUCUUAAAAGAAGAGUUAAAUUAUUCUUUAAGAUAAGUUGAUAGCUCUCCGGUACAUUGAUUUUGACUUUUCCAUCUGACUGAUUGAUCGCUGUUGUUAUUUUUUCAUGAAUAC